AUGAAGAACGCCCACCACGCCCCGGCGGUCAUUCCCAUCGCCCGCGAGCGUGAGCGGUUGGAGCGGCUGGUGGAGGCCAAUGAGCUGCUGGAUGCCAUCCAAAGGGGCUUGGCGGCCUACCUGGAGAAGAAGAGGCUCUUCUUUCCCAGGUUCUUCUUCUUAUCCAACGACGAGAUGUUGGAGAUCCUUUCGGAGACGAAGGACCCUACCCGCGUGCAGCCGCACCUCAAAAAGUGUUUUGAGGGCAUUAGCUCGCUCACCUUCACACCGCAGCUGGUCAUUACUGCCAUGAACAGCGUGGAGAAGGAGUCGGUGCCCUUCAAGAAUGUCAUCGACACCAACAAGGCCCGUGGUGCGGUGGAGCGGUGGCUGUUGGAGGUGGAGGAGGCCAUGUUCUCGUCCAUACACGACGUGACAGGUCGCGGCCUGGCCGACUACGUCACUCGGGCCCGCCACGAAUGGGUGCUGCAGUGGCCGGGCAUGGUAGUGCUAGUCAUCACGGCCAUCUUCUGGACGAGCGGGGUAGAGAAAGCACUCAAGGAUGGGGGCAGCAGCCUCCGGGACUAUGAGGCACAAUGCACUUCGGACCUCCUCCGGAUUGUGGACCUGGUCCGUGGAGAGCUGACAAACCUGCAGCGCGCGACACUGGGUGCACUGGUGGUCAUGGACGUGCACGCACGCGACGUGGUCACCUCCAUGGUCGCUAAAGGUGUGGUCUCGGCCUCGGAUUUUGAGUGGCAGGCGCAGCUGCGCAGCUAUUGGGAGGAAAACCAGCAGGCACUGGCAUACGGUGGAGACAGCAGCGGGCGGCAGGGGCCCACCGUCAUGAUGCGCAUGAUGAGUGCUGUGCUGGAGUACGGAUACGAGUACCUGGGCAACAGCUCCCGCCUGGUCAUCACUCCGCUGACGGACAGGUGCUAUCGCACCCUUAUGGGCGCCAUUCACCUUACGCUGGGAGGCGCGCCAGAGGGGCCUGCGGGUACUGGGAAGACUGAGACCACCAAGGAUCUGGCCAAGGCACUUGCCCGCCAGUGUGUGGUGUUCAACUGCUCCGACUCGCUGGACUACCAGGCUAUGGGCAAGUUCUUCAAAGGCCUAGCCAGUAGCGGCGCCUGGGCCUGCUUCGAUGAGUUCAACCGCAUCGAUCUGGAGGUGCUGUCUGUGGUGGCCCAGCAGGUGCUGGAUAUCCAGCGCGCCAUCCAUGCGCGCCUGCGGCGGUUCGUGUUCGAGGGCACGGAGAUGCAGCUCAAGUGGAGCGCCUGGUGCUCCAUCACCAUGAACCCAGGAUACGCGGGCCGCUCCGAGCUACCGGACAACCUCAAGGCGCUGUUCCGCACGGUGGCCAUGAUGGUUCCCGAUUACGCCAUGAUCUCCGAGAUUAUCCUGUACAGCAACGGCUAUUUGAAGGCUCGUGACUGCGCCAAGAAGAUCGUGCAGUGCUACAAGCUGUGCUCCGAGCAGCUCUCCAGCCAGGACCACUACGAUUACGGCAUGCGUGCGGUGAUGGCGGUUCUGCGUGCCGCGGGUAACCUGAAGCGGCGCUUCCCCGCUGAGGACGAGUACGUGCUGAUGCUGCGCUCCAUCAUCGAUGUCAACCUCUGCAAGUUCCUUAGUCACGACGUGCCCCUGUUCAACGGCAUCAUUUCGGACCUCUUCCCGGGUGUCGUCCUGCCCAAGCCUGACUACGGCGCCAUGGAGGCGGCGCUCCGGGAGGCAUGUCUCGCAAGGAACCUGCAGCCUAGUGACUACUUCCUGCUCAAGUCCAUCCAGCUGUACGAAAUGAUUGUCGUACGUCACGGCCUCAUGAUCGUGGGCCUACCUUUCGCCGGCAAGACCAGCUCCUACCGCGUGCUGGCGGAUGCGCUGACCAUUAUGGAAAGUAAGGACCAGGAAGGCCAGACCAAGGCCGAGUACCAUGUCAUCAACCCGAAGUCCAUCACAAUGGGCCAACUGUACGGCCAGUUCGACCCCGUCAGCCACGAGUGGACGGACGGCGUGUUGGCAGUGACUUUCCGCCAAGUGGCCUCCAAUCCGGAACCUCACCGCAAGUGGCUAGUGCUGGAUGGCCCCGUGGACGCAAUCUGGAUUGAAAACAUGAACACGGUGCUGGAUGACAACAAGAAACUGUGCCUCAACAGCGGAGAGAUCAUCCAGAUGAGCGCCUCUAUGAACAUGAUCUUUGAGGUGAUGGAUCUGGCCGUCGCCUCCCCCGCCACCGUAUCCCGCUGUGGCAUGGUGUACCUCGAGCCCCACCAGCUAGGCUGGCGGCCGCUAGUGCAGAGCUGGCUGGUUGCUCUGCCUGCCUUCAUCGGCGAAGUGCACCGGACUCACCUGCUGGCCAUGUUCGACUGGCUGGUGCCCGUCAGCCUGAGGUUCCUGAGGAGGGAGCUCAAGGAGUCCGCCCCCACCCUGGACGCCAACUUGGUGACCACCCUCAUGCGGUACAUGACGGCAUCCAUGGAUCAUAUGCAGGUGUGGUUGCGGUGCGCGUCGCUGUUCUUGUUCGCACUGGUGUGGUCCGUGGGAGGCAGCGGUGCCGACAACACUGCUCGCCAGUACUUUGACACGUUCCUCCGGGCAGCGGUCGGAGAGAAGCUCCACACCUACAUGAUGCCUCUCACAGUGCCCGGGGUAGACCCUCCUCCCGGCGGCAAUUUUAGCGUGUACGACUUCUUCUUCGACGCGGAGAAAGACAGCUGGCGGCUGUGGACAGAGCUCAUAGACACUGCACCCAUACCUCAUGACGCCAAGUUCCGGCGCAUCAUCAUCCCCUCAAUCGACACCGUCCGCUACACGUAUUUGCUGGACAAGGGGGUCUCACAUGCGCAGCCGGUACUCAUUGUGGGACCCACUGGAACUGGCAAGUCGGUUCUUGUCCAGAAAUACCUCUACGGCCUCUCGACCAGCACGUACGUGCCGCCCAACGUGAUCGGCUUCUCUGCACGCACCUCCGCCAACACCACCCAGCACCUCAUCGACGCCAAGCUGGACCGCCGCCGCCGCGGAGUGUUCGGUCCGCCCGUGGGAAAGAAGGCGGUCAUCUUCGUGGACGACCUCAACAUGCCGCAGCUUGAAACAUAUGGCGCUCAGCCGCCCAUCGAGUUGCUGCGCCAGUUCAUGGACCAUGGCGGCUGGUACGACCGCCAGAACACGUUCCGCCGGCUGGAUGAUGUGCUGUUCGUUGCGGCGAUGGGCCCACCCGGCGGCGGCCGCAACCCCAUCACUCCCCGCUACGCCCGGCACUUCAACCUGGUGUCCAUUGUGGACUUUGAUGAGCCCACACUGGGUCGCAUCUUCUCCACGCUGCUGGCCUGGCAUCUGGACGUCAAGGAGUUCCCCAACUUUAUCAAGGAUCUCCGUGACCCAGUUAUCAACGCCACGCUGGCGGUAUACGGCCGUGUGGCUUCGCAGCUGCUGCCCACACCCACACGCUCCCACUACACCUUCAACCUGCGCGACAUUUCCCGAGUCAUGCAGGGCUUCCUGCUGAUGCCGCCACAGCUGCUGGGCGAGCAACACCAAGCGGCCAAGGACAAAUACCUGAGGCUGUGGGCGCACGAGAUCUUGCGUGUCUUCUACGACCGCCUUGUGGAUGACAAGGACAGGGCCUGGUUCCUGUCGUACCUGCGAACGGUCAUGAAGGAAAAGCUCUCAGCGGACUUCGAUAAGCUUUUUAGUCACCUGCGACAGGGCGAGCUGACCAUCGAGGAGGUGCGGCGUUGCUUCUUUGGAGAUUACAUGGACGAUAGUGAGGACCCCGCCGCGCGGCUGUACAACGAGAUCACUGACAUGGCCGCCCUGACCGGCCGCAUCGAGGAGCUUCUUGCGGACCACAACGCCGCUUCCAAGCGCCCCAUGAACCUGGCCGUGUUCCUGUACGCGGUGGAGCACAUCAGCCGCAUCGCCCGAGUGCUUAAACAGCCGGGCGGCCAUUUGUUGCUGGUGGGAGUAGGAGGCAGCGGGCGACAGAGCUUGGCAAGGCUGGCGGCAUUCAUAUGCGGCAUGACCACAUUCCAGGUGGAGAUCAGCAAGAGCUACGGCGCUGCGGAGUGGCGUGAAGACCUGAAGCGCUUCGUGCGCAUGGCGGGUGGCGACAACAAGCCGGCGGUGUUCCUGUUCAGUGACACCCAGAUCAAGGUGGAGAGCUUCGUAGAGGAUAUCAACAACCUGCUCAACAGUGGAGAGGUUCCAAACAUGUUUCCCUACGAUGAGCGUGCUGCGCUGCUGGAGCAGUGCCGAGUGUCCUCCAAGAAGGAGGGUCUGGUGCUGGAGACGGCUGUGGAGCUCUGGGCCUACUUCGUUGACAAGACCCGUGAUAACCUGCACAUCGUGUUGGCCAUGAGCCCCAUCGGUGACGCCUUCCGGGAGCGGCUGCGUCAGUUCCCAUCCCUGGUCAACUGCUGCACCAUUGACUGGUUCACCGCCUGGCCUGAUGACGCACUGGAGGCGGUGGCCAUGAAGUUCCUGCGUGAUGUGGACCUGACACCCGAGCAGCGCAGUGCGGUGAUGCUGCAGUGCAAGAUGUUCCACGAGGACGUGCGCCACCUGAGUGAGGCAUUCCGCUCGGAGCAGGGACGCAUCAACUACGUCACCCCCACGUCCUACCUGGAGCUAAUCACCUGCUUUACAACGCUGCUGGGAUCGAAACGAGCCGAGGUCUCUGCUGCCAAACGGCGCUACGAGGUUGGUCUUGAGAAGUUGCAGUUCACCGCCAGCCAGGUGAGCAUCAUGCAAGACGAGCUGACGGCACUGAAGCCGGUGUUGAUCAAGACGGUGGAGGAGACGGAGAGGCUCAUGGCCACCGUGUCUAAGGAGAAGACGGAGGUUGUCGAACCUAAGAAAGCCAUAGUGGAUGAGGACGUGAAAAAAGCGGAGGUGGCUGCAGCAGCUGCUAACGCCAUCAAGACAGAGUGCGAGGACGCACUGGCGGAGGCCAUACCCAUCCUGGAGGCUGCCAUUAAUGCCCUGGACACCAUUAAACCUGCCGAUAUUAAGCUGGUCCAGAGCUUUAAAAACCCGCCCUCCACCAUUAAGCUGGUCAUGGAGGCCGUCUGCGUGUUGCUGGAUAUCAAGCCGCAGAGGAUCAAGGACACCAGUGGCAGUGGCAAGAUGAUUGACGAUUACUGGGGCUCGGCGCAGAAGCUGCUGGCAGACCCGCUCUUCGUAAAGACCCUCAAGGAGUACGACAAGGAUGCCGUACCGCCCAAGAUCAUCGAGCGCAUCCGCCGCGAGUUCACUUCCAACCCCGAGUUCACUCCCAGCAACGCCGCCAAGGCGUCCAGUGCCGCGGAGGGUUUGUGCAAGUGGGUCUGCGCCAUGGACCAGUACGACAAGGUGGCCAAGGUGGUUGCCCCCAAGCGGGCCGCACUUGAGGUGGCGGAAGCGGAGUACAACAAGGUCAUGGAGGCGCUCAAGGCCAAGCAAGCCGACUUGGCGGAGGUCAUGGGGCGGUUGGCCACCCUGGAGCGACAAUUGGAGAAGUCCAUGCAGGAAAAGGCACGGCUGGAAGCCGAGACUGAGCUGUGUACGGCCAAGCUGGAACGUGCCGAGAAGCUUAUCAGCGGACUGGGUGGGGAGAAGACCCGCUGGACGGAGGCGGCGGCCAAGCUAGGGGGACAGUACGAGUGCCUUACGGGAGAUAUGCUCAUUGCUGCGGGCGUCAUUGGCUACCUGGGUGCCUUCACCGCUUCCUACCGCGAGUCCGUGGUUGGCAAGUGGGUUGAGUCAUGCGCGUCAGCUCGCAUCCCCCGCAGCCCAAGCUUCAGUCUGUCAGCAGCGCUGGGUGACCCAGUCAAGAUCCGCUCCUGGACCAUUGACGGACUGCCCAAUGACGCAUUCUCCAUUGACAACGCCAUCAUGGUGGACAAUGCACGGAGAUGGCCGCUCAUGAUUGACCCGCAGUCGCAGGCCAACAAGUGGGUUAAGGUCAUGGAGGGUCGCCGCGAUCUGCGCGUCAUCAAGCUCACGGACUCGGACUACAUGCGCACGCUGGAGAAUGCCGUACAGUUCGGUUUGCCGGUGUUGCUAGAGAAUGUGGGUGAGGAGCUGGACCCCUCGCUGGAGCCGCUGCUGCUGAAGCAGGUCUUCCGGCAGGGCGGUCUGACCUACUUGCGCCUAGGUGACACCACUGUCGAGUUCUCCGACCAGUUCAAGUUCUACAUCACCACUGCUCUGCGCAACCCGCACUACCUGCCUGAGACUGCUGUCAAGGUGACGUUGCUCAACUUCAUGAUCACCCCUGACGGGCUUGCGGACCAGCUGCUGGGGGUGGUGGUGGCGCAGGAGAGACCCGACCUGGAGGAACAGCGGCAACAGCUGGUGGUGGAGAGCGCGGAGAACAAGAAGAAGCUGGCGGAGAUUGAAGACCGCAUCCUGCAGGUCCUGUCAUCUUCGCAGGGCAACAUCUUGGAGGACGCGACGGCCAUCCAGAUCCUGUCGGAGGCCAAGGCCGUGUCCAACGAGAUCCAGAUCAAGCAGGAAGCGGCUGAGCUAACCCAGAAGGCCAUUGACGAGGCGCGAACCUGCUACGCACCCUGCGGUGCCUUCAACGCCACACUCUUCUUUUGUAUUCGCGACAUGGCGGCGGUGGAUCCCAUGUACCAGUACAGCCUCGCAUGGUUCUUGAAGCUCUUUGUGCGGUCCAUACAGCAGGCCGCGAAAGCUGAUGACGUGGGGGAGCGCUUACAGAACAUUAACGACCACUUCACGUACGCUCUCUACCAAAACAUCUGCAGGUCCCUAUUCGAGAAGGAUAAGCUGUUGUUUGCCUUCCUGCUAUCAGUGCGCAUCCUCAUGAGCCGCAGCGAGGGGCGACUUGAUCCGCACCUCUACCAGUUCCUCCUGACAGGUGGUGUGGGCAUUCAGGAACGCGAUGUGGCACGUCCCGAGGGCGCCGACUGGCUGAGUGCCAAGGCCUGGGGCGAGGUGCUGCGGGCCCCCAACGUGUGUCCCGCAUUCGAGGGACUACCGGAAGUCGUUGCGGGCUGUCCGGACGAAUGGAAGGCGCUGUUCGACAGCGUGGAGCCGCAGAACAUGGAUCUGCCCAUGGGCUACAGCUACCGUCUGGACGCCUUCCAGAAGGUCAUGCUGCUGCGCAUGCUGCGACCCGACAAGGUGGUGCCCGCGGUGCAGGCCUUCGUGGCCUCGUCACUGGGACCCAAGUUCACUGAGCCGCCGCCCUUUGACCUGGCGGGCUCAUACGAGGAGAGCGCUGCCACGGUGCCGCUGCUGUUCGUGUUGUCGCCCGGCUCCGACCCCACGGCGGCGCUGCUGCAGUUCGCUGACUCCCGCGGCUACGGGAGCAAGAUUUCUGUAAUCAGUAUGGGUCAGGGCCAGGGGCCAAAGGCGGCGGCGUUAAUAGAGUCGGCGAGGAAGGCGGGCACGUGGGUUUUGCUCCAGAACUGCCACCUGGCACCCUCCUGGAUGACGUCCCUGGAGAAAAUCUGUGAAACCAUCCGCCCUGACAACACCGACCCGGACUUCAGGCUGUGGAUGACCUCUAUGCCCAGUCCCGCGUUCCCGGUCUCCAUAUUGCAGGGCAGUGUCAAGAUGACCAACGAGCCUCCCGCGGGCCUCCGUGCCAACCUGCGCCGCUCCUAUGCUCUGGAGCCCAUCUGUAACCAGGACUUUUUCGAGGGUUGUCGCCAGCUGGGGGCCUUCAAGUCACUCCUAUUCGGCCUGUGCUUCCUGCACGCCUUCGUGCAAGAGCGACGCAAGUUUGGACCCAUCGGCUGGAAUAUCCCCUACGGCUUUGACGAUGGCGACUUGCGCAUCAGUGUGCGCCAGUUAUCCAUGUACCUGAACGACGCGGCGCCUUCCCCGCUGGAGGACGGCUCCCCUCUGCCCCAAUCCGCCUCCUCGGUGCCUUUCGCGGCGCUGCAGUACGCCAUUGGCGAGUGCAACUACGGCGGCCGAGUGACGGAUGACAAGGACCGCAGGUUGCUGCUGACGGCCCUGCAGCGGAUCUACCGGCCUGAGGCGCUGGCGCUGGAUACAGAGGAGCCCUUCAAGCUGAGCGCGUCAGGCACGUACUUCAUUCCGCCCGAGGGUCCUCAUGCUUCGUACUUGUCGUACAUUGCCACGCUGCCUAUCUUCCCGCUUCCUGAGGCAUUUGGUCUCCACGAGAACGCUGACAUCACCAAGGACCUGCAGCAGACGUCCCUGAUGUUGGACACGAUGGUGCUGACGGGCGGUGGGGGCGGGGGAGGAGGCGGUGGGGGCGGAGGCGGCAGCGCCGAGGAAGAAAUUGUGGCGGCCAUGGUCGAUGACAUCCUCAAGCGCCUUCCACCCAACUUUGAUGUGGAAAAGGCUCAGGCCAAGUACCCGGUGCGGUACGAGGAGUCGCUCAACCAGGUGUUGUGCCAGGAGAUGCUCCGCUACAACCGCCUUCUCGCCAUCAUCCGCUCCUCUCUCAUCAACCUGGGCAAGGCACUCAGCGGACUGCAGGUCCUAUCCUCGGAGCUGGACACAGUGCUCAGGUCCAUGGCCCUGGGUCAAGUUCCGGCUUUGUGGAAGGGCAAGUCCUUUCCCUCCCUCAAGCCCCUCGCCUCCUACAUCUCCGACCUGCUGGCCAGGCUGGAGAUGCUGCAGUCCUGGUACGACAAUGGACCGCCCACUGUGUUCUGGCUCUCGGGGUUCUUCUUCACGCCGUCGUUCACCACUGCGGCGCUGCAGAACUACGCGCGCAAGCACAAGCUGCCCAUUGACACGGUGGGCUUUGACUUCGUGAUGAUGGGCACCGACCCUGGGGCCUACACCUCCCCGCCCGAGGACGGCGUGUACGUGCACGGCCUGUACCUGGAGGGCUGUGCCUGGGACUCCCUGGGACAUAAGCUCUGUGAGAGCAGGCCCAAGGUUUUGUUCGAGCAAGCCCCCGUGAUCUGGCUCCAGCCCCGACCCGCGGACCAGUUCUCCGAGGAGUCCUGCUACGACUGCCCCGUGUACCGCACUGCGGAGCGCAAGGGCGUGUUGGCCACCACCGGCCACUCCACCAACUUCCUGAUGAUGAUCCGGAUGCCAUCGGAGCUGCCGCAGUGGCACUGGACGCUGAGGGGCGUGUGCAUGUUGUGCUCUUUGUCGGAUUAG